CAUUUGUGUCGUUUUUCUAAUAGUACGUUGCAUUUUUAAUUAAACAUAAACAAUAUAAUUUCGAAGAUGCCCCUUCAAGUGGUUAAAGUGAUGAUGUUGUACGUCGGCGGGACGAUAGGUAUGCAGAAGAACGCGUCCGGAGCUUUUAUACCGAUAUCAAAGGCAUUUUUAAAGAAACUGAAGGAUGAACUGCAUCAACCGGACUUGGCUGCACGGUAUCACCUGGAAGAUCCGGAAAACGAUUUGGUCAUAUGUUAUUCACACAGCAAUUCGGUCGUAUCUUGCAAAUUUAUAGAAUACGAACCACUUUUGGACUCCAGCAACAUGGGCACAGACGAAUGGAUAAACAUCGCAUUGGACAUAGAGAAAUGGUAUGACGCUUAUGACGGGUUUGUGAUACUUCAUGGUACCGAUACAUUGUGUUACACCGCAUCUGCACUUUCCUUCAUGCUUGAAAAUCUAAACAAGCCCGUCAUUCUAACAGGAUCGCAGAUAUCAAUUUUCGAAAGGAUCAGCGACGCGAAAGCCAACAUAUUAUUUUCCAUCGAUUUCGCGGCCAAUUUCGCCAUAAACGAAGUGUGCAUAUUUUUCGCCGACAAAUUACUUCGAGGCAACAGGACGAGAAAGGUGAGCGCCACACACAUGAACGCCUUUAACUCACCCAACUUUCCAGCCCUGGCCGAAGCUGGAAUCACCGUCAAAGUGAACCCUUACCGUCCCAUUAAACGCAAGAAGCAAUUCAGGGUCUCCCCCAGACUGAACAAAAACGUGAUUGUCAUCACUGCUGUGCCUACGAUGACCGCCAAACAAAUGGAAGCAAUUAUUCAACCGUCUGUUGAGGGAGUUAUCUUGGAAUCGUUCGGUGCCGGAAACAUCCCCACAGAUCCAAAGAUUAUGGACCUGUUGAAAGAUUGUAACAAAAGAGGUGUGCUUAUACUGAACAUAACACAGUGCACCGAAGGAACCGUCAAUUCAAUUUAUGAAGCUGGAAAGGAAAUGGAAAAAAUUGGUGUAAUACCAGGAUACGAUUUGACUUUGGAGGCUGCCCUUACUAAAAUGUGUUACGUCCUGGCAAAAUCCGACCUUACAGUGGACGAGAAAAAAGAGUUAAUGGUUACUGAUUUGUGUGGCGAACUUACCAAUAUGGACAGCUAUAAUAAUAAUAAUAAUAAUAAUAAUAAUAAUAAUAAUAAUAAUAGUAAUAAUAAUAAUUGAUUGAUGUUGAAUAUUUAUACAAAAAAAUAUUUAUGUGUGUAUUUUUAACUCAGUUACUUGUAUUUUACAAUUAGAUGUGAUUAAUUUAAGAUACAUUUAUUUAUUAUAUUAAUGGAUGUAUGUGUGUAUAUAUAAGUGAAUAAUAAACAUACUGCUUUAUUUUUAA